CCGUUCAGUCACACAAUGGCUUUGAAGAAAUGGUUCUGCGUAUUGACCCUGGCGAGUCUUUUGCCUGCAGAAUCACAUGCUCAGCUUGAUGUAUGUGGCACUGCUCCCCUGAACACCAGGAUAGUUGGAGGUGAAGAUGCUCCACCUGGAAGUUGGCCCUGGCAGGUCAGUCUGCAGAGGUUUGGCCGCCAUGUUUGUGGCGGUUCCCUCAUCAACAGAGAGUGGGUGAUGUCUGCUGCUCAGUGCUUUUCCAGUACAAGUACGUUUGGAUGGCAGGUUUCUCUGGGCCGUCAGAACCUGCAGGGCACAAACCCAAAUGAAGUGUCCAGAACUGUUGCCAGAAUCAUUUUACAUCCAAACUAUGACAGCGACAGCAGCGACAACGACAUUGCUCUGCUCAGACUCUCCUCACCAGUCAUGUUCACAGACUACAUCAGACCUGUGUGUCUGGCAGCCAGUGACAGUGUGUUCAACAACGGUACUGACAGCUGGGUCACUGGCUGGGGCAGAGUCAACGAGGGAGUGUCUUUACCGUUCCCUCAAACUCUACAAGAGGUGGAGGUGCCAGUUCUGGGAAACAGACAGUGUAACUGUCUCAAUGGAGUCGGUACAGUCACAGACAACAUGAUCUGUGCUGGUGUUCUGGCAGGAGGCAAAGACUCAUGUCAGGGUGACUCAGGAGGUCCAAUGGUGAGCAAACAGGGCUCCGUGUGGGUCCAGUCUGGAAUAGUCAGUUUUGGUUUUGGCUGCGCUCGUCCCAAUCUGCCAGGAGUCUACUCCAGAGUGUCCCGCUACCAGUCCUGGAUCAACUCCUUCAUCAGCUCUGAUAAGCCAGGCUUUGUCCAGUUCAGCUCCAGUGGGCCGGAUGCUGACAGCAGCUACACCUGUCCUGGUCUCCCACCUCCUCUCAUUACUACUACUACUACUACUGCAGGACCAGCUACACCCACAGAUUCACCAUCCACUGUAUCAAGUGCUGAAUUGUGUGGCAUCACUCCCCUGAACACCAGGAUAGUUGGAGGUGAAGAUGCUCCACCUGGAAGUUGGCCCUGGCAGGUCAGUCUGCAGAGGUUUGGCGGCCAUGUUUGUGGCGGUUCCCUCAUCAACAGAGAGUGGGUGAUGUCUGCUGCUCACUGCUUCUCCAGUACAAGUACGUCUGGAUGGCAGGUUUCUCUGGGCCGUCAGAACCUGCAGGGCACAAACCCAAAUGAAGUGUCCAGAACUGUUGCCAGAAUCAUUUUACAUCCAAACUAUGACAGCGACAGCAGCGACAACGACAUUGCUCUGCUCAGACUCUCCUCACCAGUCAUGUUCACAGACUACAUCAGACCUGUGUGUCUGGCAGCCAGUGACAGUGUGUUCAACAACGGUACUGACAGCUGGGUCACUGGCUGGGGCAGAGUCAACGAGGGAGUGUCUUUACCGUUCCCUCAAACUCUACAAGAGGUGGAGGUGCCAGUUCUGGGAAACAGACAGUGUAACUGUCUCAAUGGAGUCGGUACAGUCACAGACAACAUGAUCUGUGCUGGUGUUCUGGCAGGAGGCAAAGACUCAUGUCAGGGUGACUCAGGAGGUCCAAUGGUGAGCAAACAGGGCUCCGUGUGGGUCCAGUCUGGAAUAGUCAGUUUUGGUUUUGGCUGCGCUCGUCCCAAUCUGCCAGGAGUCUACUCCAGAGUGUCCCGCUACCAGUCCUGGAUCAACUCCUUCAUCAGCUCUGAUAAGCCAGGCUUUGUCCAGUUCAGCUCCAGUGGGCCGGAUGCUGACAGCAGCUACACCUGUCCUGGUCUCCCACCUCCUCUCAUUACUACUACUACUACUACUGCAGGACCAGCUACACCCACAGAUUCACCAUCCACUGUAUCAAGUGCUGAAUUGUGUGGCAUCACUCCCCUGAACACCAGGAUAGUUGGAGGUGAAGAUGCUCCACCUGGAAGUUGGCCCUGGCAGGUCAGUCUGCAGAGGUUUGGCGGCCAUGUUUGUGGCGGUUCCCUCAUCAACAGAGAGUGGGUGAUGUCUGCUGCUCACUGCUUCUCCAGUACAAGUACGUCUGGAUGGCAGGUUUCUCUGGGCCGUCAGAACCUGCAGGGCACAAACCCAAAUGAAGUGUCCAGAACUGUUGCCAGAAUCAUUUUACAUCCAAACUAUGACAGCGACAGCAGCGACAACGACAUUGCUCUGCUCAGACUCUCCUCACCAGUCAUGUUCACAGACUACAUCAGACCUGUGUGUCUGGCAGCCAGUGACAGUGUGUUCAACAACGGUACUGACAGCUGGGUCACUGGCUGGGGCAGAGUCAACGAGGGAGUGUCUUUACCGUUCCCUCAAACUCUACAAGAGGUGGAGGUGCCAGUUCUGGGAAACAGACAGUGUAACUGUCUCAAUGGAGUCGGUACAGUCACAGACAACAUGAUCUGUGCUGGUGUUCUGGCAGGAGGCAAAGACUCAUGUCAGGGUGACUCAGGAGGUCCAAUGGUGAGCAAACAGGGCUCCGUGUGGGUCCAGUCUGGAAUAGUCAGUUUUGGUUUUGGCUGCGCUCGUCCCAAUCUGCCAGGAGUCUACUCCAGAGUGUCCCGCUACCAGUCCUGGAUCAACUCCUUCAUCAGCUCUGAUAAGCCAGGCUUUGUCCAGUUCAGCUCCAGUGGGCCGGAUGCUGACAGCAGCUACACCUGUCCUGGUCUCCCACCUCCUCUCAUUACUACUACUACUACUACUGCAGGACCAGCUACACCCACAGAUUCACCAUCCACUGUAUCAAGUGCUGAAUUGUGUGGCAUCACUCCCCUGAACACCAGGAUAGUUGGAGGUGAAGAUGCUCCACCUGGAAGUUGGCCCUGGCAGGUCAGUCUGCAGAGGUUUGGCGGCCAUGUUUGUGGCGGUUCCCUCAUCAACAGAGAGUGGGUGAUGUCUGCUGCUCACUGCUUCUCCAGUACAAGUACGUCUGGAUGGCAGGUUUCUCUGGGCCGUCAGAACCUGCAGGGCACAAACCCAAAUGAAGUGUCCAGAACUGUUGCCAGAAUCAUUUUACAUCCAAACUAUGACAGCGACAGCAGCGACAACGACAUUGCUCUGCUCAGACUCUCCUCACCAGUCAUGUUCACAGACUACAUCAGACCUGUGUGUCUGGCAGCCAGUGACAGUGUGUUCAACAACGGUACUGACAGCUGGGUCACUGGCUGGGGCAGAGUCAACGAGGGAGUGUCUUUACCGUUCCCUCAAACUCUACAAGAGGUGGAGGUGCCAGUUCUGGGAAACAGACAGUGUAACUGUCUCAAUGGAGUCGGUACAGUCACAGACAACAUGAUCUGUGCUGGUGUUCUGGCAGGAGGCAAAGACUCAUGUCAGGGUGACUCAGGAGGUCCAAUGGUGAGCAAACAGGGCUCCGUGUGGGUCCAGUCUGGAAUAGUCAGUUUUGGUUUUGGCUGCGCUCGUCCCAAUCUGCCAGGAGUCUACUCCAGAGUGUCCCGCUACCAGUCCUGGAUCAACUCCUUCAUCAGCUCUGAUAAGCCAGGCUUUGUCCAGUUCAGCUCCAGUGGGCCGGAUGCUGACAGCAGCUACACCUGUCCUGGUCUCCCACCUCCUCUCAUUACUACUACUACUACUACUGCAGGACCAGCUACACCCACAGAUUCACCAUCCACUGUAUCAAGUGCUGAAUUGUGUGGCAUCACUCCCCUGAACACCAGGAUAGUUGGAGGUGAAGAUGCUCCACCUGGAAGUUGGCCCUGGCAGGUCAGUCUGCAGAGGUUUGGCGGCCAUGUUUGUGGCGGUUCCCUCAUCAACAGAGAGUGGGUGAUGUCUGCUGCUCACUGCUUCUCCAGUACAAGUACGUCUGGAUGGCAGGUUUCUCUGGGCCGUCAGAACCUGCAGGGCACAAACCCAAAUGAAGUGUCCAGAACUGUUGCCAGAAUCAUUUUACAUCCAAACUAUGACAGCGACAGCAGCGACAACGACAUUGCUCUGCUCAGACUCUCCUCACCAGUCAUGUUCACAGACUACAUCAGACCUGUGUGUCUGGCAGCCAGUGACAGUGUGUUCAACAACGGUACUGACAGCUGGGUCACUGGCUGGGGCAGAGUCAACGAGGGAGUGUCUUUACCGUUCCCUCAAACUCUACAAGAGGUGGAGGUGCCAGUUCUGGGAAACAGACAGUGUAACUGUCUCAAUGGAGUCGGUACAGUCACAGACAACAUGAUCUGUGCUGGUGUUCUGGCAGGAGGCAAAGACUCAUGUCAGGGUGACUCAGGAGGUCCAAUGGUGAGCAAACAGGGCUCCGUGUGGGUCCAGUCUGGAAUAGUCAGUUUUGGUUUUGGCUGCGCUCGUCCCAAUCUGCCAGGAGUCUACUCCAGAGUGUCCCGCUACCAGUCCUGGAUCAACUCCUUCAUCAGCUCUGAUAAGCCAGGCUUUGUCCAGUUCAGCUCCAGUGGGCCGGAUGCUGACAGCAGCUACACCUGUCCUGGUCUCCCACCUCCUCUCAUUACUACUACUACUACUACUGCAGGACCAGCUACACCCACAGAUUCACCAUCCACUGUAUCAAGUGCUGAAUUGUGUGGCAUCACUCCCCUGAACACCAGGAUAGUUGGAGGUGAAGAUGCUCCACCUGGAAGUUGGCCCUGGCAGGUCAGUCUGCAGAGGUUUGGCGGCCAUGUUUGUGGCGGUUCCCUCAUCAACAGAGAGUGGGUGAUGUCUGCUGCUCACUGCUUCUCCAGUACAAGUACGUCUGGAUGGCAGGUUUCUCUGGGCCGUCAGAACCUGCAGGGCACAAACCCAAAUGAAGUGUCCAGAACUGUUGCCAGAAUCAUUUUACAUCCAAACUAUGACAGCGACAGCAGCGACAACGACAUUGCUCUGCUCAGACUCUCCUCACCAGUCAUGUUCACAGACUACAUCAGACCUGUGUGUCUGGCAGCCAGUGACAGUGUGUUCAACAACGGUACUGACAGCUGGGUCACUGGCUGGGGCAGAGUCAACGAGGGAGUGUCUUUACCGUUCCCUCAAACUCUACAAGAGGUGGAGGUGCCAGUUCUGGGAAACAGACAGUGUAACUGUCUCAAUGGAGUCGGUACAGUCACAGACAACAUGAUCUGUGCUGGUGUUCUGGCAGGAGGCAAAGACUCAUGUCAGGGUGACUCAGGAGGUCCAAUGGUGAGCAAACAGGGCUCCGUGUGGGUCCAGUCAGGAAUAGUCAGUUUUGGUUUUGGCUGCGCUCGUCCCAAUCUGCCAGGAGUCUACUCCAGAGUGUCCCGCUACCAGUCCUGGAUCAACUCCUUCAUCAGCUCUGAUAAGCCAGGCUUUGUCCAGUUCAGCUCCAGUGGGCCGGAUGCUGACAGCAGCUACACCUGUCCUGGUCUCCCACCUCCCCCAGCAACUUCACCAACAACGAGGCCAACUAUUACCACCCAAAGUGUAGCCAGUCCUGCAAGGUCAGUGUGUGGCAAAGCUCCCAUGAACAGUCGUUCUACUGGUGACAGUAGUGUAGUGCCAGGAGGAAUGUGGCCCUGGAUGGUGAGUCUCCACAGAAAUGGGGUCUACACUUGUGGAGGAACCCUCAUCGCUGAUAAAUUUGUCCUCACCAGUGGCCAGUGCUUCUCUACCCUCAAUCCAAAUGUCCGGGAGUGGAGCGUGUUUCUCGGCCACAGACGCGUAAACGAUUUUGAGGAAUUUGAGAUGUCUCUGGAUGUCGUCAACAUUACAUUGAGCAAAAUGCCGGGCUCCAAUAUUGCUCUGCUGCAGCUGGAUAAACCAGUCAGCUACAGUGAUUAUAUCCAGCCUGCGUGUGUGGACAUUAGCAAUGACAGAUCCUUCCCCAUUGGUAGCCCAUGCUGGGUGGCAGGCUGGGGGAAGGGGAGUAAGAGCAGAGGUACCGAUAAAGAUGGCUCAGGUCUUCGAGACCUUGAAACUCAAGUGGCAAGUUGUGGGAACUUUUCUGAUUCGGAGAACAUUUGCACUUAUACCAUGGACCUUCAGCAGGGGGAUACGGGCAGCCCUCUACUGUGCAAGUCGGACUCAUCUUGGUUCCAGGUGGCCGUUGUAACAAUGAGCGGAAGUAAAUCAGUCCGUGCAGACAUUCAGGUCUUUGCAAAGACUUCAAGAUUUGGGUCGUUCUUGAAGGAGACAGUUGGUGACAUGCCCUCUCCUGCAGCAGCUGCAACAGGAAAUGCACCAGGUUUCACAAUUUCCUUAUUCUUUGCUUUCACUGUCCCCAUUUCUUCCAUGUUCCUGUUGUUGUGAUGUUAGGUCUGUGGUUGGGGAUGGCUGAAGUAGUUCAUUAUUGCACUCAAAAGU